AUGCAGGAGAGGGGAAGGGGGGCUGGAGUGAGUGGAAAGCAUGCAGGAGAGGGGGAAGGGGGGCUGGAGUGGGUGGAGAGCACGCAGGAGAGUGGGAAGCGGGGCUGGAGUGAGUGGAAAGCAUGCAUGAGAGGGGGAAGCGGGGCUGGAGUGGGUGGAAAGCAUGCAGGAGAGGAGGAAGGGGGGCUGGAGUGGGUGGAAAGCAUGCAGGAGAGGGGGAAGCGAGGCUGGAGUGGGUGGAAAGCAUGCAGGAGAGGGGGAAGCGGGGCUGGAGUGAGUGGAAAGCAUGCAGAAGAGGGGGAAGGGGGGCUGGAGAGAGGGGGAAGCGGGGCUGGAGUGAGUGGAAAGCAUGCAGGAGAGGGGGAAGGGGUCUGGAGUGAGUGGAAAGCAUGCAGGAGAGGGGGAAGGGGGGCUGGAGUGAGUGGAAAGCAUGCAGGAGAGGGGGAAGGGGGGCUGGAGUGGGUGGAAAGCAUGCAGGAGAGGGGGAAGCGGGGCUGGAGUGAGUGGAAAGCAUGCAGGAGAGGGGGAAGGGGGGCUGGAGUGAGUGGAAAGCAUGCAGGAGAGGGGGAAGGGGGGCUGGAGUGA